AUGAGUAUAAUAGAGGCAGGCAGGCAAGAUUCUAUAGUUAUCAAAGAAAAAGAUAACAAGUUCAAUAUAUUAUCAGAAAGAGAUUACAAUGCAUAUUUAAGAAAAGAACUUAGAAAUUUAGUUCUUGAAUUUGUUAGGAAAUACAAAUUGAAUAAGACAAGGCAACCAGAAAUGCAGCAAAUUUCUGAAUACAUAAUGGAAAAUAACUGUGAAGCAUUUUUAAACCGUUAUAUGGAUAUUUUAGAUGUAGAAAAGACAUUCAGAAACAGCCUGAAAAUAUCAUUAAAUUCACCAA